AUGACUACCUUAAACCACACGGUUGUAAGUCACACAGUCUUCCACCUGCUGGGCAUCCCUGGCCUAGAAGACCUGCACACGUGGUUUUCCAUCCCCUUCUUCAUCUCCUAUGUCACUGCCCUGCUUGGGAACAGCCUGCUCAUCUUCAUUAUCCUCACAAGGCCUAGUCUCCAUGGACCCAUGUUCCUCUUCCUCUGCAUGCUGGCAGGAGCAGACAUUGUCCUCUCCACAUCCACAGUUCCCCAGGCCUUGGCCAUCUUCUGGUUCCACGCUGGGGAGAUCUCCCUGGAUCGCUGCAUCACUCAGCUCUUCUUCAUCCAUUCCACCUUCAUCUCUGAGUCAGGGAUCUUGCUGGUGAUGGCAUUUGACCGUUACAUUGCCAUUUGCUACCCCCUGAGGUACACCACUAUUCUCACAAACUCCCUGAUAGGGAAAAUUGGAGUGGCCAUCUUCCUGAGAAGCUAUGGCACAAUUUUUCCUAUAAUAUUUCUUCUGAAAAGGUUGACUUUCUGCAAAAACAAUAUUAUUCCACAUACCUAUUGUGAACAUAUAGGCUUGGCUAAAUAUGCAUGUAACAGCAUCCGAAUAAACAUUUGGUAUGGGUUUUCAGUCCUAAUAUCUACAGUGGUCUUAGAUGUUAUGUUAAUUUUUGUUUCCUACGUGCUGAUCCUCCGUGCCAUCUUCCGCAUGUCUUCCCAGGAUGCUCGCCACAAAGCUCUCAACACAUGUGGCUCCCAUGUCUGCAUCAUUAUCCUCUUCUAUGGGCCUGGGAUCUUCACAACACUUACUCAGAGGUUUGGGCGCCACAUUCCACCUCAUGUCCACAUCCUGCUGGCGAAUGUCUGCAUUCUGGCCCCACCUAUGUUGAACCCCAUCAUUUAUGGAAUCAAGACCAAGCAAAUCCAGGAGCAGGUGGUUCAUGUCCUGUUUACAAGACAUAAGUGA